AACUUUCAUGCGACACUAAGACUACUGAGAAAUUCAAAACAACUAGUACAGCUGUCUCCCUCAUUUUAAAGUUACAUAUAAUACCAAAUCCUUUAUUCGUUAUAACGAGCUAUAUUUUUUAUUAAUAUUUUCAAUAUAAAGUCAGCUCGGAAUAACAAAAAUUCAGCAUUGAUUUAAUAUGAUUGAAUUAAGUAGAUUUAAUUAAUGAAAUCUUAAUAUGAAUAAAAUAAAAAUACGUAUAUUAUAAUAAAAAUUUGGUUUAAACUGUCGUUUGUUUAUAUCGCUGGUUUUUUAUAUUUAGAGUCCACAGUAGCAAGUCCCCUAACCCCGACGGUCUGGCAACGCCAUCGUGUGCAUGCGAAAAACAAAACUACCUUAUGUUGUUGUUUUUUUGUGUUUGCCACCGAUUUGCGUAAAUUGUGUUUGUUUUUCUGGCUAAAAAUAGAAAUCAGAUGCCGCAAAAUAUUCAAAAAGCAUUCGAAACAAUAUUUUUGAUCUUCAGGUGUGCGCUCAUUUUCAGUCGUCAGUGAGACGGGCCCCCAGGCGAAAGUCGAAGGUGUACAUAGUUCCGUUCCGGUGAAAUGGAGAAGUUCAGCACAGCCAGUUCAUCUAAAUCGGCAUCCUCACCCAAAUCCAAAACCAGAAAGAACCCGGCACCGCAGAUAAAAAGGGGCCAGCGGAUUCUCACGGAGAAGCCGUUUGCAUUUGUUUUAAAGUCCCAGUAUCGCUUGGAGCGCUGCGAUAACUGCCUGGAGGCAACCAAGGUGCUGAAGUGCUCAAACUGCCGAUAUGUGUCCUACUGUCAUCGCUCCUGUCAGAUGCAAGCUUGGGCCCAGCACAAGCACGAAUGUCCAUUCCUGAAAAAGGUACACCCCAGAAUUGUGCCAGAUGCUGCCAGGAUGCUGUGUCGUUUAAUUCUUCGUUUAGAACACGGAGGAGAUCUUAUCCGGGGCUAUUAUACCGAACACGGCUCCCGAAAGUUCCGCGACCUUAUGUCCCACUACGCCGAAAUUAAGAACGAUCCCAUGCGACUGGAGCACUUGGACUCGUUGCACGCCGUCCUCACCGAUAUGAUGGCAGAGAGUCCUAGCACUGUGCCAAACAAGACGGAACUGAUGAGCAUCUACGGUCGUCUCAUCACCAAUGGCUUCAAUAUCUUAGACGCCGAGAUGAACUCGAUUGCCACGGCCAUAUAUUUGGGCGUCUCGAUUACGGACCACAGUUGCCAACCAAAUGCGGUGGCCACCUUCGAGGGGAACGAGCUCCAUGUCCAUGCUAUUGAGGAUAUGGAGUGCCUUGACUGGUCAAAGAUCUUCAUUAGCUACAUUGAUCUUCUUAAUACACCGGAACAGAGACGUCUGGACUUGAAGGAGCACUACUAUUUUCUUUGCGUGUGCAGCAAGUGCACGGAUGCCAAGGAAUCAAAGGAAAUGCUGGCUGCCCUGUGUCCAAAUCGGAAUUGUGGAGUGGGCGUCAAUGUCGAGCGUACCAACUGUCCGCGAUGCGACGCAGGGAUCAGUCCCAAGUUAAGAAAUGCCUUUAACGAGGCGAUGGCCCUGACUCGGCACAAUUUGGAAAAUAUGAAAGACGUGGCCUAUCUCGAUGUGUGCAAGGUGUGCCUGGAUAAGCAGACUGGCGUGUUCCAUCCCUUGAACGUGUGGUAUGUGAAGACCCUAGACUCAGCAUUUGAAGCAGCCAUCGAAGUGGGCAAGUGGGCCGACGCCCUGGAUUACGGCCAACGCCUUUUGCCAGGCUUUCGAAAAUACCACGGAGCCUGGAAUCCGCUGCUUGGCCUGCUUCACAUGAAGCUUGGUAAGAUUCAGUUAUACGAGGGCCAUGCCAAGGAGGCACUGCACCACUUGGAGGAGGCCCAGCGCAUUCUAACCGUAACCCAUGGCAGGGAUCAUAGGCUACUCAAUGAGCAGCUUUACCUUCUCCUUCUCCAAGCUCGACAUGAGGCACAAUAAUGGGAUCUUGUGGUUUUAUUUAAAUAAAGCUUAGAAUAGAGA